AUGGCCGCCUUGAAUGUUUCGCUCGAUGAUAGCUCGCCCUUGUUAUCAUAUUCGCCUUCUAAUGCCUGGCUGGACGCUUCGGCUAACGACACACUCGCUCCGUACUACGCAUAUGGUUCUCUGCACACGACUUCAGUUGCUCGCGCGGAGGUGGCUUUAACUUUCAAUGGCACUGGCUUCUGGCUUUUCGGAGGAUUACGACCACAUUACGGUACUUUCAUUGUCUCGGUUGAUGGAACCCAGAUCCUCUACGGGAAUGCUAGUUCGACGCAGCCGGUAAUCGACGCACUUUUAGCUGGUGCCUCAGGAUUGAAGAUGGGGGAGCAUAGGGUCGUGCUGCAGAACGCCGGUACGGGUCCUAUUGAUCUGGACGCCGUCGUCUUCGAAACGAGCAUUGGUACAACUUCGCGAGCGACUGUCAAGGAGACCGUAAUCGAUAACACGAGUCCCAACUUCAAAUAUGGUCCCUCAACCUCGGACUGGUCUAUGGUCACCGACCCGGCUUACUUCAAUAAUAGUUUGCAAUACUCCUUCACACAAAACGCUCAAGCGUCCCUUACGUUCUCUGGAGAUGCAGUUGCCGUUUACGGAACGGUCGCGCCGACACAUGCCAAUUACUCGAUCACGCUGGAUGGUAAGACCUCACAGCAGUUCAAUGCAAGUGAUGUCAGUACUAUUCAUGCGCAGACACUCCUUUUCUUCGGUCAGGAUUUAGGUCCGAAGGAGCAUACCCUGAUCAUCAAUGGUAAUCCCGGGAAAGACGCCGGUAGAUACGUGGAUGUUGAUUUCGUGACGGUGUACAGCGUAUCCGGUAAUACGUCUACAGAUGCUAGCACCGUCUCGAGCAGCACUUCUUUGCCUAUGGUCACUGGCCUGACAAUGCCGAACAACCUUGCCAAUGGGACGAAUUCUGUGAACACAAUCUCUGGUGACGCAUCGCGUCUAUCCUCUGGCACCAUAGCCGGAAUUGUUAUUGGAAGCUUACUUGGUCUCCUCGCCCUACUGCUACUCCUUUUCAUCUUUCUCCGCCGCAAGGGCGGUGUCAUCCGCGCUAAGUUUGGCUUUGGCGGUGACUCGGACAAGCCGGACGCCCUCACUCCUGCACUGCCUAUGCAGGAACCGGACGUAGAAGCGGCAUAUGGGCUCGAUAGCAACGCCUUUCAUGAGGACGAGAAGCAAUACCAGGCAUCAGAACCCGUACCGAUGUACACAGUUGAUCUCUACAGUCAGCGGGACGAGUACGGCAAGCGGAUGACAAGCGCGAGUCGGGCGACGCGCUGGUCGCAGACCUCGUACGGCACGAUGUCCACUCACUGGGACGACCCGUCACUGCCGAGAUGGUCUCCCCCGAGAGUCUCGGCUCAUUCGAUACCGAAUUUGCAGUAUGACACUGUGACGCACUCAAGGAAUGUAUCAGAUACUUCGACGAUUGUUCAUCUUGAGGUGGAGAGUGGCUUAUCUCAAGUGGUGUUACGUCCACGUCUGUCGAAUGCGCCUCGGAUUCGCUGUGCUAACGACGUUUUUGGCUUGCAGAGUGCGCCAGUCCGGCUCCGUCCUCCCAGUCCUGCUUUCAGUGUGACACAAUACUAUUUUGAGGCAUAG